CCCAAACCUCGACCUCCUUCUCCCUCGCCCUCGCCCUCUCCCUCGCCCUCCCUCCCACACUUGCCGCCGCUACUUUGGUCCCCAACCCUGUCCCAUCCCCCUGCCCGGCGCCCUCGCCCGGCCAACUCCCACUCGCGCCUUUGCACGUUUGUUUCCUCUACGUUGUGUGAAUGGCUUUGCCACGAGCCCAACACUUUUACCACACUCCGCUCUUGUUGCCCACCCUCUACCUGCACGACUGCAGUUCGCUUGAGGCCUCUUGCUACCACUGCCCCAGUCCCCUCCAGCGAGCCUAACCAAAACCACUAG